GCAAGGCACAUUAUAAAAUGGUGGGCUGCUAGGGUUUUUUUUUUUUUAAACUUGUCCAGCAGCCAACAGCCAGCAAAAAGAAAAAAAGAAGAAGAAGAAGAAGAAGAAGAGGAAGAAGAAGAAGAGGAGUGAAGGGAGAGAUCUCAAACAAACCUGAUGGAAUCGGAGGCAUCUACCGCUGCUAAAACUGACAAUAGCAACAAAGAUCCCGCAUGGAAAUAUGUCCACUUGGUGAAUCCAAACAAUAGAAAUGAUGUUGCUUGUAACUUUUGUAGCAAAGUUACAAAAGGAGGGAUAUUUCGAGCUAAACAGCAUUUAGUUGGAGGAUUUCGAAAUGCUACAAUGUGUAAGAAGUGUCCAACACAUGUGCGUGAAGAGCUACAAGAGUAUAUGCAGCAAAAGGCUUCAGCAAAGACCUUAGAUAAAUUGCCUGAUUAUGAGGAUGUUGAAAUUCUUGGAGAUGACGAAGAUGAAGAUGAUGUUGGGACAAUUCUUAGAGGCUCAAAAGGAAAUAGUAAGGUUCAAAAGAAGGCAAGGACAAAGGGUCCAAUAGAUUUAUAUUUUGCCAAAAGUGCUGCAAAGGCGGUACAGGAUAGAAAAAAUUCAAAGCUGAAGCAAACCACUAUUAAUGAGGCAUGUAAAAAGGAAUUGAGAAAAAAAGCAUGUAAGGAUAUAGCUCGAUGGAUGUAUGAUGCGGCAAUUCCUUUUAAUGCUGUCAAUUAUCCAAGUUUUCAAGUUAUGGUGUAGUUUAUUGGACAAUUUGGGAUUGGUAUGAAAGCACCUAGUUUUCAUGAGGUGCGGGUUCCCUUAUUGAAUGAAGAAGUUGCUGAGGUGAAGAAUUCAUUGAAGUCCUAUGAAGAAGAAUGGGCAAAGUAUGGUUGUUCUAUAAUGGCA